AUGUCACGAAGUGGAAAUAAGUGUGCGUAUGUACGAUGUGGAAAAAGUGCUCGUUUAGAACCGGGUCUUAAAUUAUACCGUUUUCCAAAAGAUAUACUUUUGUCGAGGCAAUGGAUUUUAAAUUGUGGUAAUAGUGAUUUGGCAGAUCUCACUCAAGAUGAUUUGUACAAACGGCACAUUUGUGGUCAUCAUUUUCUUGACGAAAGCUUUACUAGUUACAACAAAUGCAGAUUAAAAAAAAGUUCAUUUCCUCAACCGUUUGUAGAAAUAGAUAGCAGUGACAUACCUGUUAAUAUACCUAUAAAAACAUAUUCUGCAGCAUCAAAAUUUCCAUUAAGUCCUCAUCAAGUUUUUGAAACUAAAAGAGUGCAGUCUACAUCAACAACUUCAUUUUGUGAGUCAACUAAAAGAAUUCGAUUGAUUACACCUGUAAAAUCUACAAAGUAUAGUACAUCACAAUCUAAUGUUUCUACUCCAGAAAUAUCACCAAACUCUACUUCUUUUUUUAAAAGUGUUAGUAAUUUGCCAUUAACUACUGCUUUAAAACCAAAACAACUUUUUCAAAAAUCAACUUCAGACGCAGAUCUAAUAUUAAAAUUGAAACAAACAGUAGCUCGCCAGAUAAAAAUAAUAGCCCUUAAAAGAGUAACAAUCUCAAAAUUGAAAAAAAAUUUAAUAAUGUCAAGAAUACAACACCGUCAAAAUAAAUCUGUACAUUUUAUGAACUUACUAACAUUUCCAUCAGAAAACUCAAAAACUCUGGUUAAUAUGCAAAUAUCACACAGUAAAUCUAAACCAUGGUCUCAGAAAGAAAAGCAAUUUGCCUUAAGUUUGUUUUAUAAGUCACCCUCUGCUUAUAAAUUUUUAUUUUAUUCAAAACAAAUAUCGUUACCUGGUCUUUCCUCAAUUAGGCGUUGGGUUGGAAGUUCUAAAUGUCGAGCAGGAUUUAGUCCAGUUUUAUUUAAACAAUUACAAAUUAAGGUAGAUUCAAUGAGUGAGGAAGAAAAAUACUGCACUUUGGUUUUUGAUGAGAUGAAGAUAAAGAAUUUUCUAGAGUAUUCCAAGUAUUUGGACCUGGUAGAAGGAUAUGAAGACUUAGGCCACAAAGGCCGAACAAAUAAACUUGCAGGACAGGCAAUGGUGAUGAUAAUAAGAGGAGUUUAUUCGUCAUGGAAGAUGCCAAUAGCAUAUUUUCUACCAGCAACAUCAGUAAAACACAAAGUUUUAAGUGAAUUACUUGAGGAAGCCGUGAAACGUUUGUUUGAAUGUGGGCUUAUAGUCAAAGCUCUUGUUUGUGACCAAGGUGCAAGUAAUGUUGCUGCUUAUAAAGACUUAGGCAUAACAAAAGAUAAGCCAUAUUUUUUUGUUGACAACAAAAAAGUGUUCUCAAUGUUUGAUGUCCCACACCUGUUCAAAAAUCUUAGAAAUCAUUUCAGGAAAAAUAAUUUGUUGUUUAAUGGAGAAGAAGUAUCAUUUAAAGAUAUUAAGGACACAUAUGACAUUGACAAAAAUAGUAGCACAAGUUGA